GUGUGAACGGUGUGUUCCAGUGCACGGACAUAGACUGCCCAGUUGACGGUGGUUAUUGUGAUUACACACCAUGGAUGGGCUGUACAGCAACCUGUGGUUUCGCACCUGCUUACAGGAUGAGAGACUGUGCAUGUCCAAGGCCAGCAAACGGAGGCCAGCUGUGUGCUGGUUUCAACCUCCCUCCGAUGGUCUCUAACAACUACACCGCUAGCCAGGUCGAGUUUGGCGCGUGUGACAUCCCAACAAGCUGCCCAAUUGACGGUAACUGGGGAGAGUGGGGUCCGUGGUCAGGCUGUGGAAACUGCACUGCAGGCAGCGAGGUUCGCGAACGAAUGUGUGACAGCCCAGCUGCCCAGCAUGGAGGCAUCCCGUGUGUUGGGAACCACACAGCGUCCAGACCGUGCUACGUGGACCCGAUCCUGUGUGACAUCACAUGUGCUGAGGGACAGGAGUACUUGUGCAAGUCCGGGCCUAGAACGUGUGCCGAUAUCCAGGACCACAAUGACUUUGAGGAAGGAGACACCUGUACGUACGAGUGCGGCUGCCCUGACGGCCAGGUGCUGCGGGAUGGAACCUGUGUAGACAGGGCUGAAUGUCCCUGCAGAUACAGACUCAUCGAGGAACCAAAUUUUGUCCCAACUACGGAAAACAACGGCACGGAAUGGUUUAUUGUUGAGGAGGGAGAAGUCAUCAGCUAUGAAUGUAACGAGUGUACUUGCCUGAUGGGACAGUUGACAUGCACAAACUUCGAAUGCACAGUUGACGGAAACUGGAGCCCGUGGUCACCAUGGACCAACUGUACCGUGGACUGCGGCUCCGGUGUGCAGUACCGACACAGGAGCUGCGAUGAUCCGCCACCCGCAAAUGGCGGUCAGGCGUGUGCUGGGCUGGCAGUGGAGGAACUCAGCUGCAAUGAGAACCCCUGCCCAGUGAACGGUGGUCCCGGCCCUUGGUCAUUCUGGUCGGCAUGCUCUGCGAUGUGCGGUAUCGGUACCAAGACGCGUACCCGGCAGUGCAACAACCCUGCCCCCGCUAACGGUGGUGACCAGUGCUCCGAGACGCUGUUCGAACAGGUGGACUGUCUGGAGAGUGUUUGUCCAGGUAUUCCAACAAUUUCUACCACUUGUGCCGACUAUGAGAUGUACACUCUGGUUUACUCUACACCAAGUCUGGUGUCUGGAGCCACCACACAGGCAAGUGUACUGACCACAUCUGCCCAAGCCACAACACCUCUGUACAUCCCAACCACACCACCCCCGUCUCCCUGUGCGGACAGUCAGUUCACCUGCGUGUCAGGGGAGUGUCUGAGUAGUAGCCAGGUGUGCGACGGUACGGCUGACUGUACUGACGGCUCAGACGAAGACAACUGCGUUGACUGCAUCCACGGCCAGUGGGGAAGCUGGAGCGACUGUUCCCUAACUUGCGGCCAGGGCGUGGCCACCAGGAACCGCGGCAUUACACAGCCUGCACAGACAGGAGGCGCGGAGUGUUCCGGACCGUUCACUGAGAGCAAGAACUGCUUCACAUCUGCCUGCCCAGUUGACGGAGGUUGGUCCCAGUGGACACCAUGGAGCGACUGUGAUGCGGACUGCGAUUUUGGAAUCGUCCACAGAUACAGAAACUGCACGGAUCCACCACCUAAGAACGGAGGUAACAUCUGCAAUGGUUCUUACCACGAGACGAACCUCUGCAUCAAUGAGCCAUGUGGACCAGAUUGUCUUGAGAAGGAAUCAGUGACAGCUGAAGACUGUCUUGCUGGGUUCGAUCCCUGCUCAAGAAGCUGCCAGGGCCUCAGCAACGACGUGACUUGUCAGCUGACGUGCCAAGAAGGCUGCUACUGUGCCGAGGGAACGUACAGUCAAAAUGGUGAAUGUGUGGCGGCAUCGGAGUGCAAAUGUAUCUACAACGGACAAGAGUACGAACCUGGCCAAAACAUCACCAAUGACUGCAACACAUGUGUUUGUGAGAAUGGAUACAUGAGCUGCACUGAAGAAGACUGUGCUGUUGACUGUGGCUGGUCUGUUUGGAGCAUCUGGACUCCGUGUGACAAGACAUGUGGGGCUGGUAUCCAGCAGAGAUACAGGUCUGGAAGUAACCCCCCUGCAAGCAAUGGUGGUCUGCCAUGUGAAGGCAACACUGUGGACACAAAGGAUUGCUUUGUAAACACCUGCCCAGGAACCCCGGCUCACUGGGGCGAGUGGGCGCCAUGGUCUGCCUGCACGGCCACUUGUGACGGUGGGGAGAGGAUCAGGACCAGGAGCUGUGUGCGGUACGAGGACACCCCGGUCACUUCCAACUGCCCCGGCAACACCACCGAAACCAUGUCCUGCAACCUCCAGGACUGCCAGGAGGAAUGUCUGGAUGAUAAGGUGUGGAAGGAAUGUGGAAACUGUCCCAGGACAUGUCUGGACCUGCAGGAGGGUGUAGCCUGUGAGGAGGACUGCGUUCCCGGCUGCUACUGCCCCGACGGCUCGGUCCUGCAAGAUGACGUCUGCGUCUCAUAUGCAGAAUGUCGCUGCACGGUCAACAUCAACGGUGAAGUGGAGGAAGUGCAACCAGGUGAUACUAUAGUCAAGAACGAGUGUGAGAACUGCACCUGUGAAAAUUCCCAACUUGUCUGUGAGGUAGCCAACUGCUCUGUGCACGGGGAGUGGAGUCCAUGGACCCCCUGGUCUACCUGCACAGCAACGUGCAUCGCUGAGGACGGCAGUGUGCCAUACCAAAUAAGACAUCGUGAGUGCAACAACCCCGAACCGGCUGGAUACGGAGAAUAUUGUGACGGACAGGACAGUCAGAUUCAGAACUGUGGAACACUCAGAUGUCCAAUUGAUGGAGAGUGGUCUCCGUGGAGCCCGUGGUCCGGUUGUGAAGACCCGUGUACGGACGGUUCUCAGUACCGGUUCCGUACGUGCAACGAUCCCGCUCCGGAGUACGACGGCGCCGACUGCGAGGGCAACACCCGCGUACAGACCAAGGAGUGUGACGAACCCUGCACUCCAGAGGAGUGUCCCUACACGAGCACAUGGGUUUCCGCAGAGGAUUGUGGGAACUCCUGUCCACGUACCUGCGCCGAGCUCAGCGCACAGGUUAUGUGUGACACCGCUGAGUGUUCCGGCUACUGCCGCUGUGACGGAGACAAGUUCUUCCAGAACGGAGAGUGUGUGGUACCAGAGCAGUGUCUGUGUCUCUAUAACGGCGAGUUCUACCAGCCAGGGCAGACGUACUCUGUCAACGACUGCCAGAACUGCACCUGCAUCAAUGGAAACAUGGACUGCACGGAGUACAACUGCCCAAUUGACGGGAACUGGUCGCCAUGGUCCGAAUGGAGCGAGUGUUCCGAGCCGUGCGACGGAGGCAUCCGCAGAAAGUACCGCAACUGUAACAGCCCUGCUCCACACAAUGGAGGGAAGCUUUGUGAAGGCCCCGAGAUCGCGACCGCUAUCUGCAAUACACAGUGCUGUGACGCUCCUGGGCCCAAUUGGAGUGAGUGGUCCCAGUGGACCAUUUGCACAUCGUCCUGCGAGUCCGGCGUACAGAAUCGCUUCCGCUGCUGCAACGAGAGCAUGCCGUUCGCCAACUGUACCGGGGAGAGCACUGAGGAGAGGCUCUGUAAUACCGGGGCGUGUGUCUAUGAUGGAAACUGGGGACCGUGGGGUCCUUGGUCCGAUUGCUCAGUAACAUGCGGCACGUCCCUUAUUGCUCGGUACCGAGGAUGCAACAACCCCCCUCCCUCUAACGGGGGCAGCUACUGUGUGGGCCUGUCCAGCCAUGUCCAGACCUGCGGCAUCCCUAGCUGUGAAACAGAUACCGUGUGUGCAAACAUCAGCAUGUCUUACUAUGACGAGUGCGGCCCUACCGGCCGCCCCAAGACCUGCCAGGACCUUUACACGUACUUCUGGACAUGCGAGGCCGGCUGUUACUGCCCGGAAGGAUAUGUACUAAACGAGGACAGGACUGCGUGUAUUGAACCGUCCGAGUGUUACUGUGUGGACGAGGAAACCGGUUUGAACUGGCCACCUGGAUACGUCCUACAGAGAGGAUGUAACCAAUGGUAG